GCUCCUCCGAUCCCAAAAUAUAUAUAUACGCAAUUGGUUUUAGGUUUUUUUGAGGUUAAACUUAAUUGCUAGCUUCAAUUCAUUAUGACUUCCAAUCCACAUUUUGAAGGAAACCCUGAUUUAUUUUAUUGCGACAAAAAUCUGCAGAAAACAAAAAUAUAUCCGGGGGCUCUUAGUAUUGUUUGGGGCAACGAUGGACGUUACUGGAAGCCAAUAAAGCAGACCAAGCCAUCCUACGCCGACGGGGAAAUGCCCCCUGCAGAACUAAUACAAGUAAACUGGCUAGAGGUGACUGGUUCAGUUGAAGUGAAACGCAACAGGAGAUACAGUAUUCAGUUCCAAGUGUCGCUGACGCAGGACGCUUUCGGGUGGGGAAACUCUCCAGUCUAUUUUAUGGCCAAAAGGGACGGCUGUUCUAAAUCCCAAGUUAUCUGGAGAAAGUGCAGUUUAUCAUCAAUGACUGCCGGUCGGAAAAUAUAUGUACCCGGAAAUUUGGUCAUCGAUUCUGGGAAUGCCUUGCAGCUUCAGUUCGGCUUGUACGAAGUCUGGACCGGGAAAUGGAAAGGGGGACUAAAAAUUCAUCACGUUCUGGUUGAACCCGCCGCCCUGUAAGGAAUCGGAAUAUUAUUAAAAGCCGGCCGGAUUUGAAAGGUGCAGUGACCCGAUCUUAUCAGAGCAAUAUAUGCAAAAAGGUCGAGAGAUUCUUUUAAUUUGCUUUUCUUUCUUUAUUUCAUGUCAUCAAGGGAGCGCGUACAAUGCAAUAAAGUGGAGAGAAUGAUUUGCAUUUCUUUAUUCAUUUUCAUGUAACGAAUGUAUAGCGAUUACCUUGCAAUUCAAUUAAGCGUGUAAUGUCACUUACAUUAAUGAAAUAAUGACUGAAAUUUUUCUUAA